CUAGAGCCCCGCGCUCCGCGCCAAGCCGUCCAUUCCGGUGCGUAAUUGUUGUGCGUGUGUGCGCCGCCGAGAUGCUGCCGCGGGCGCUCCCCGGCGGCGCCGCCCCGCUCCGCCGCCUCUGCCGCCGCCUCCUCCUCUCCUCGCCCCGAACCCCGUCGCCUUCCUCCUCUCCAUACAGCGUCAGCAGCAGAGCCUCGCCUCUCCUCCUCCUCCUCUCGGCCCACCCCUCGCCGUUCCGCGCCGGCGACUACGCCCCCCCGGCCUCGAGCGGCGCCUGGCGAGGCGUGAGCUCGUGCGGCAGCGCCAGCGCGGUCGACGUCGAGGACGAGCCGGCCUCCUCCUCCAGCUCCGACCUCUCCUCGCCGUACCUCUCUGUCCGCAUUCGCUGCCGCAAGGAGGACGCUGAAGUGCUCUCUGAGUCCCUCUUGUGCUUUGGUGCUACCUCCGUCACCGUGGAUGACAUUGCCGCUGCUGGAAGUCUCGAUGAAAUCACAAUCACCUCUAUUUAUGCUCAUGGGGAAGAUGUGUGCUUGAGCGUAUCGAAUGCUGCGAGCUCAGCUGGAUUGGAUUACACUCCGGUGUAUGAAAGCUCCGUAGGAAAGCAGUGUGACUGGGUGGCAGUUGUGCAGGAAACUUACGAUUCUACUAAAGUCAUUGAUGGUCUUUGGGUUAUUCCUAAAUGGAGAACUCCCCCAGAUCCACAGGCCAUCAAUAUAAUCAUCAAUCCAGGCCUGGCUUUUGGGACUGGGGAGCAUCCCACAACUAAACUGUGUCUUCUUCUUCUACGGGAAACAGUUAGAGGGGGUGAACAUUUCUUGGAUUAUGGAACAGGCACCGGAGUUUUGGCAAUUGCAGCUCUGAAGAUGGGCGCUGCACUGUGCACUGGGAUAGACAUAGACCCUCAGGCUGUAACAUCUUCUUGUGAAAACAUGAUGCUGAAUGGUAUAGAUUCCAACAAAAUGCUUGUUUACUUGGUACCAAAUAAUGCUCAGCCUGCAUGCUUCCCAAGUAAUAUUGACAAAUCAGAAGAGAGCAAACCCCCCAGUGACCUUGAGUUGAAGUCGUCAAAAGGAUCGUAUGACAUCGUUGCAGCAAAUAUACUGCUGAAUCCCUUGCUGGAGUUAGUUGAGGACAUUGUUAGUUAUGCAAAACCUGGCGGAAUAGUUGCUGUCUCAGGGAUAUUAAGUGAACAGGUGCUGAAAGUUGAAGAAGCUUACUCCAGGUACUUGAAGAACAUCUCAGUAUCAGAAAUUGAUGGAUGGGCCUGCCUUCGGGGAAACAGGAGAGCAGAGGGGUGAAAUUAUUUGACUAUACACAUUCUUCUGACAUUUAAGAGACUUUCCUCUUAAACAGACCAAGAUUUUGCAUAACUUCUUGACAUAAUUUGGUAACAUUACUUGAAUAUUCAUGUGCUGUUUUUGAUUACAAACUACUUGAAUAAUAUUAUAUCUGCAUUGACCCUGGCCCGAUGCAUGAGCAGCAUGAGUAUCCUAAAUUACAGUUGCAAAUUUAGAUUCAGCAUUUUUACCCUGUGAAACCCUACUGUUGAGACUGGGCCUUUGUAUUUUUGAAGCAAUAUUGUUAAGAUCCAUUUCAGCG